AGUGGCUCAGUAGAGGUGUGCGUGUGCGUGUGUGUGUGUGUGUGUGUGCGCGCGCGAAAAAAUCGAAAAUGCCGGCAAACCUCCUAUCGUGGCAGCACGGCGCCCCGUACGACAACAAUCCUCCGCAAGACGCGUGAUUACAAUAUUAUUAUUAUAUUAUAAUUAAUCCUCCGAAAACAAUAACAAUAAUAAUACACACGGGCAACACACCCCGAUGUUAUAAUAAUUCGCAAUCCUUUUUGUCGUUAUUGUACGCCAUCGUCGUUGCAGCCGCCGCAGACGUUAUAAUAAUAUAGCAUUACAAUUAUUAUAAUAUAUAAUAAUAAUAUUAUAGUCACAUCGAAUUCGUCCGCGACGAUGGCCAAAUUGAGGUGCUCAUUCUUAGCAGUCGGCGUGCUCGUGUUGAAGAUGAUCGUCGUCGGGGCUGCUGAAACUGCACCCGAAAGUCAAGCCCCGUGGACACAUAAGGACACCGCAGCUUCCACCGGGAUGACGAUGACGGACGGCCGAAACGUGAUCUCGCCGCGGAUGGACUUCGAAGAGUGGACGCCAUUGGGCCGAGGCGACCCGCUGAAGAACGACCCGACGUUCGACUACCUGCCACCGGUGCUGGACAGAGUGCACUAUUGGAAAUCUCCGCCGGCGGCCACUAACCGCGCUCACUAUUACUCGUCCGCGUCCACGGCGACGCCGACCGCGACGCCGUCGCAGGCUGUCCAUGGCGGUUACAACCGACGGUUCUUCCUGACGGACUUUUCCAAACGGGAACCGGCGCAGGCCGCGUCUUACGCACCAAUGAAGAGACCGCCACCCAACAGUAAUAUACUGCAGCCCCAUCACCAUCACCCGCACAAUCACCACCAUGCGCAACAGCAACAAAUGCAACACCACCUGCAGACGCUGCAGGCGGUGUCCGCGGCCGGUUACCACUACUCGAUGCACCCGGCCGCGCCCGUGCCCAGGACCCCGUUGCCGAUGCUCACUCCGCCGCCGUACCAGCAGUGGUCGGCCGCUGUGGAUGGUCAGCGACAGUCGUCGUCGUCGUCGUCGUCGUCGUCCCCGGACUUACCGGGAAACGCGGUGGCCGAGAGCAAACAACCGCCGCCGACCAUGGUCCGGGCGCCGACGCGGCUCGUUCCGCCGUCGUCCCAUCAGUCGGCGGUCAUCAAGGCCCUGUUGGACGACGAAGUUGACCGGACCACGGUCACGACGACCGGCACCCCGAUUACCGGAGCCGUAUGGAUGACGACGAUGAUGACGACGACGACAACGACGUCGACGCCGCCAACCCCGCCGCCGUCACUGACGACCACGACUACGACGCCGCCGCCGACGUCACCCGCCACUUCCACGGCCGCACGGACCACGCCACCGGUGGCCGUGACGGACCCGCUGUUCUCGCAUUACAGACAGUCGCCGGUCACCGGCCGUCCCAUGUACCUCAUCAUUCAGGGCCACUCAAAGGUCAAGACUUACGGACUGGCCAGCAAGUUGGACGAUCUGACCGCGGCCCCCGUGGUGCAGGACCACAACCACAUAGGCAACCAACCCCCAGACGAACCGAGCCGGAGGAAACGCGACCACUACCACGGUACUCGUCGAUAAAACGGUCGAGUUGAGUGCCCCAUUUUUGAUUGGCUCCGAGAGAAGACUUCGGAAAGUCCGACGGUCGUAUAGCACGUAAUAUAAUAGGUAUACAUGACGCGACGUAUUAAUAUUAUAAUAUCGUCGUGUUCACCAACUGUGCGCUUCCCGAUGUUGUCCUUUAUUCAAAUUAUAAAUUAAAUAAUAAAUCAAUUAAUAAAUAAUUCCGAUUUUUUCCGUUUUCGAAAUAAUUUGAUUUCUUUAAUAUAAUAUAGUAGAAGCGUGCUGUCUUUUAGCGAUAUGCUCUAUAGUCCAUAUAUUUUAUCAAUGAUGUAUCUUGCAGUAACGUUUUGACGUAACGUAAAUAAAAUUCGAAUAAGUGGUUCCCCAUGGUUGUUAAUUAUUUAUUAUAUAUUGUUAAAUAAGAAUAUUAUAUGAGAUCAUAAUAUUAUAAAAUAAAUUAAGUUCUGAAAAUUUGAAAAAAUUAACCAGUUCUGUUUAGAAAAAGGUCACCGAUGUACAUGUUGCUCGGACAAUUUUCAAAAAUUUAUCAAUCAAUUUUAUGUUUUAUACAGUUGUGAGCAUUCACUUUAAUAUACAUUUAUAAUGUAUUAUAAACGCAAGAGACUGUAUAGCACAUAUUAUCCUGGAUUCAUAAACUUAAUACAACUUAGAAACCGCUCUUUCUAAUUUCGUUUUCAAUACUCCAAAAUAUUUAUUUAUAAUGAAAGUCAUCUGCUUAACAAUUACAACCGUACAAAAAGAGAAGACCUAAUUUAAAAAUUAAAGUUUGUAUUAUUCCAUAAAUCAAAACUUCAAUUCCUAAUCAGUUAAAAAAUAAAACGGGCAUGAUUCCUGUUGUUCACCCUGUACAUUCUAACAUUCAGAUGCAUUAUUUUCAAAAUGGGUCCACCGCAAAUCUGUAGACAAUUAUUUCGGUGUUGUUUCGGUGUAGUAGUAAGACGACAUUCCGAUGACAUUGCUUGGAUAUCGUAUAGGUAUGCGUACUAUAAAUUAUAAUAUAUUAUGACAUUUGAUUUCGCUACACAGCGAUCGGUUUGAUGUGUAGACGUGUGUAAAACCUUACAAAAAUAUCGUAAAUCAAAUCUUAUCCGACUGAGUAUGACUGUGCAACGGUUUACUAGUUCUUGGACGGAACGACAAAUCUUGGUCAAAGGAUUUCAAAAUUACCCACAUUAGAAACGAUGAAUUACACAAACGUAAAAUUGUAAUCCUAACCAAUGCGUAACCAUACAUGAUUUUUCACUACUAUAUAUUAUAGCCGGAUGAUACACCGAAAUAAAAAAUGAAGUCACCGAUUUUAAUUAUCCAAUGGACACAAUAUUAUACGGUGUAUAGUUGUAGAGCUAAGAGGUGAUUUUUGGAAUAUUUGUGAUCGUACUUGAUUUUGAAUCCCAGUAAUCAACUCGGUAAUUUCGAAUGUAUUAUUUAAUAUAUUAUAUUGUAAGUGUAAACUGUAAACCGCUAAAUUUUUUUUAAAUCAGCUCGAACAAUUUUCUAUAAUAACGGAAUGAAGACGAUUUUCGGGCAACGCGCAUAUUAAUUCAUAUUAUUUAAUACAAUAAUACAUAUUACAUAAUAUAAUACUAACUAAUUAUUGUGUUAUAGUCAAAUUCAGUGUUUUACUCAUUAUUACCAAAACUAAUGAAUACAAAUAAUAACAGUUUAAGUAUUGUAAUAUAUCGUAAUAUUUAUUAAACAUAAUAUUAAGUAGUUUUGUCUAGCGUAUAGAUAUUUACCAAAGAUUAAAAGAAAGUAACAUUAUACAAGUUAAUUGUACUUUUUAAAGGCAUGAUUAACAAUGUGUUAUUGAUUUAUUGUAAUAUUAUGUUAAUCAGUGUAAUCAUUAUUAUAAUAUAGUUAACUUAUUUAAUUAUUUAUUAAACAACGCAUGAGUAAAGUAGUUAUAAGUCGCUUUUAAAAAUUAUUAUUACUAUUAUAAUAUAGUUUAUAGGUAUAGGUAUACAUAAUACGUAUGCCUUAGAAUAGUUACCAAAAAGCAAUUAUACCUAUAUUACACUCUUUGCAACUGUAUGUAUUGUGCAUAAUAAUAAUAUUAUAUCUACAUGUAGCAUGAAUUUAUUGUUAUUUAAAGUAUUCAUCUCGUGCAUAGAAAUAAUAAUUUAUUUUAAUUUAAGGUAUAUUCACCACUAUAUAUGGUUAUAUUAUUAAUAAUAUUAAUUGAAAUCGUUCAUCUAUUUGUAAUAUAAAAAGUAAACAGUAAUAUAUUGUUGAAUGCUGAUCGUGUAAAAAUCAUCGAUACACUAUUCGUAUAUUUUAUGUAAUAUUUCUGCUAUUUGAGCAAAAUUAAUAUACUUUUUGUUGUUUUAAAAAUUCUUUGGAAAAAAGCGGAAACCGCUUUAUAAACUUCAUGUGUGUUUUUAAUUAUUUCAUCCGAACAGCGUUGUUAUUAUUACUUAUUAUUUUUAUUGAUAUUAUGUGAAUGGCGUUUUAUAAUAUACACUUCAAUUACAUUGUAUUUAUUUCACUCACCCGCAGAGUUACGCAUAGUGCUAUUUUAUUAUUUAUCGGCUAUCCCACAUGUCUGGAAUAUCCUCUCCUCCCUCGCGUUAUAAGUUAAAUUCAUUGUUAGUAUUUUUAAGAUCAAUAUUACAACUGUGUACAUUUAAUGUAUGUAAAACAUAUGAUUUGCAGAAGUCGAUUAUAAAACUUAUAAUUAUAAUUUAUAGUGUUAUACAAUUUAUAUAAUAAAUAUAUUCGUUUCGA